GUCGGGCCGCAGUGUGGACUCCAUUUCCCGGCGGCCCUGUGUGCGCGGCGCGUGCGCAGUGUCCCGGCGGCGAACGGAAGAUGGCGACGGCGGCGUCUGUGAAGAGGCGCUGCUGAGGGGGCGCGAGGGGGACGGAGGCCGGCGCCGCGGAAGUACCGGAUAGCAGCCAUGGCAGGCAGUAGUGGGGAUAGUGUCACUCGGCGGAGCGUGGCGUCACAGUUCUUCACACAAGAGGAGGGCCCGGGCAUCGAUGGCAUGACCACCUCAGAGAGAGUGGUGGAUCUCCUGAACCAGGCAGCACUGAUCACCAAUGAUUCAAAGAUCACAGUACUCAAGCAGGUCCAGGAAUUGAUCAUCAACAAAGAUCCUACACUACUAGACAACUUCUUGGACGAGAUCAUCGCUUUCCAAGCGGACAAGUCGAUCGAAGUGCGCAAAUUUGUCAUUGGCUUCAUCGAGGAGGCAUGCAAGCGAGACAUUGAGUUACUGCUAAAACUGAUCGCAAACCUCAACAUGCUCUUGAGGGAUGAGAAUGUGAAUGUGGUGAAGAAGGCCAUCCUUACUAUGACCCAGCUCUACAAGGUGGCCUUGCAAUGGAUGGUAAAGUCACGAGUCAUCAGUGAGCUCCAGGAAGCCUGCUGGGACAUGGUGUCUGCCAUGGCUGCGGACAUCAUUCUGCUGCUGGAUUCUGACAAUGACGGCAUCCGCACCCACGCCAUCAAGUUUGUGGAGGGCCUCAUCGUCACCUUGUCACCCCGCAUGGCUGACUCGGAGGUGCCCCGACGCCAGGAGCAUGACAUCAGCCUAGACCGCAUUCCUCGUGACCACCCCUAUAUCCAAUACAAUGUGCUGUGGGAAGAAGGCAAGGCAGCCUUGGAGCAGCUGCUCAAGUUCAUGGUGCACCCCGCCAUCUCCUCCAUCAACCUGACCACGGCGCUGGGCUCCCUUGCCAACAUCGCCCGCCAGAGGCCCAUGUUCAUGUCAGAGGUGAUCCAGGCCUAUGAAACCCUGCAUGCCAACCUGCCCCCGACGCUGGCCAAAUCUCAGGUGAGCAGUGUGCGUAAGAACCUCAAGCUUCACCUGCUGAGUGUCCUGAAGCACCCAGCCUCCUUGGAGUUUCAGGCCCAGAUCACCACCCUGCUGGUGGACCUGGGCACACCCCAGGCAGAGAUCGCCCGCAAUAUGCCCAGUGGCAAGGAUGCCCGCAAGCGGCCCCGAGAUGACUCAGAUUCCACGCUCAAGAAGAUGAAGCUAGAGCCCAACCUGGGGGAAGAUGAUGAGGACAAGGACUUGGAGCCAGGCCCGUCGGGAACCUCUAAGGCCUCAGCCCAAAUUUCGGGCCAGUCAGACACAGACAUCACAGCCGAGUUCCUGCAGCCCUUGCUGACACCUGACAAUGUGGCCAAUCUGGUCCUCAUCAGCAUGGUGUAUCUGCCUGAGGCCAUGCCCGCCUCCUUCCAAGCCAUCUAUACCCCAGUGGAGUCAGCAGGCACUGAAGCCCAGAUCAAGCACCUGGCUCGGCUCAUGGCCACACAGAUGACAGCUGCAGGACUGGGGCCAGGUGUGGAGCAGACCAAACAGUGCAAGGAGGAGCCCAAGGAGGAGAAGGUGGUGAAGCCAGAGAGUGUCCUGAUCAAGCGACGCCUGUCAGCCCAGGGCCAGGCCAUCUCAGUGGUGGGCUCCCUGAGCUCCAUGUCUACUCUGGAGGAGGAGGCACCCCAGGCCAAGAGGAGGCCAGAGCCCAUCAUCCCUGUCACGCAGCCCCGGCUGGCGGGUGCUGGUGGGCGCAAGAAAAUCUUCCGCCUGAGCGAUGUGCUGAAGCCCCUGACGGACGCCCAGGUGGAGGCUAUGAAGCUGGGCGCCGUGAAGCGGAUCCUUCGGGCGGAGAAGGCUGUGGCCUGCAGUGGGGCCGCCCAGGUGCGCAUAAAGAUCCUGGCCAGCCUGGUGACGCAGUUUGACUCGGGCCUGAAGGCCGAGGUCCUGUCCUUCAUCCUGGAGGAUGUGCGGGCCCGCCUGGACUUGGCCUUCGCCUGGCUGUAUCAGGAGUACAACGCCUACCUGGCAGCCGGUGCCUCGGGCACCCUGGACAAGUACGAGGACUGCCUCAUCCGCCUGCUCUCCGGCCUGCAGGAGAAGCCAGACCAGAAGGAUGGGAUCUUCACUAAAGUUGUGCUGGAGGCGCCACUGAUCACCGAGAGUGCCCUGGAGGUGAUUCGCAAGUACUGCGAGGAUGAGAGUCGCACUUACCUGGGCAUGUCCACUCUUCGAGACCUGAUCUUCAAGCGCCCGUCCCGCCAGUUCCAGUACCUGCAUGUUCUGCUAGACCUCAGCUCCCACGAGAAGGACAAGGUGCGUUCCCAGGCCCUACUGUUCAUCAAGCGCAUGUAUGAGAAGGAACAGCUGCGAGAGUAUGUGGAGAAAUUUGCCCUCAACUACCUGCAACUCCUGGUCCACCCCAACCCACCAUCCGUGCUGUUUGGAGCCGACAAGGAUACAGAGGUGGCGGCACCCUGGACCGAGGAGACCGUAAAGCAGUGUCUGUACCUCUACCUGGCUCUCCUGCCUCAGAACCACAAGCUUAUCCACGAACUGGCAGCCGUGUACACGGAGGCCAUCGCCGACAUCAAGCGGACGGUGCUGAGGGUCAUCGAACAGCCGAUCCGAGGAAUGGGCAUGAACUCCCCAGAGCUGCUCCUGUUGGUAGAAAACUGUCCCAAGGGGGCAGAGACACUGGUCACACGAUGUCUGCACAGCCUCACGGACAAAGUCCCGCCCUCCCCGGAGCUGGUGAAGCGGGUCCGGGAUCUCUACCACAAGCGAUUGCCAGAUGUCCGCUUCCUCAUCCCUGUGCUCAAUGGACUGGAGAAGAAAGAAGUGAUCCAGGCCCUGCCAAAGCUCAUCAAACUCAACCCCAUCGUGGUGAAAGAGGUCUUCAACCGCCUGCUGGGCACCCAGCACGGCGAAGGGAACUCAGCCUUGUCCCCGCUGAACCCUGGAGAGCUUCUGAUCGCACUGCACAACAUCGACUCGGUGAAGUGUGACAUGAAGUCCAUCAUCAAAGCCACCAACCUGUGCUUUGCGGAGCGGAACGUGUACACGUCGGAGGUGCUGGCCGUGGUGAUGCAGCAGCUGAUGGAGCAGAGCCCCCUGCCCAUGCUGCUCAUGAGGACCGUCAUCCAGUCUCUGACCAUGUACCCCCGCUUGGGGGGUUUCGUCAUGAACAUCCUGUCCCGCCUCAUCAUGAAGCAGGUGUGGAAGUAUCCCAAGGUGUGGGAGGGCUUCAUCAAGUGCUGUCAACGCACCAAGCCCCAGAGUUUCCAGGUCAUCCUGCAGUUGCCACCCCAGCAGCUGGGUGCCGUCUUUGACAAGUGCCCAGAGCUCCGGGAGCCCCUGCUGGCACACGUCCGAUCCUUCACCCCCCACCAGCAAGCACACAUCCCCAACUCCAUCAUGACCAUCCUGGAGGCCAGUGGCAAGCAGGAGCCAGAGGCCAAGGAAGUACCUGCCGGGCCCCUGGAAGAGGACGACCUGGAGCCCUUGGCCCUGGCCCCAGCCCCAGCCCCAGCCCCCCGGCCCCCUCAGGACCUCAUCGGCCUGCGGCUGGCCCAGGAGAAAGCCUUAAAGCGUCAGCUAGAGGAGGAACAGAAGCUGAAGCCAGGAGGAGUGGGAGCCCCCUCGUCGUCGUCCUCUUCCUCCACCCGGCCAGGCCCUCCCCAGCCCGAAGAAACCAUAGAUUUCCGGGAGGAGGGGCCUGAGUGUGAGACCCCGGCUAUCUUCAUCAGCAUGGAUGACGACUCGGGGCUGACCGAGGCUGCACUCCUGGACUCUAGUCUUGAGGGGCCCCUACCUAAGGAGGCAGCGGGCGGGUUGACCUCAAAGGAGGAGCGCAGUCCCCAGACCCUCACCCCUGCCGGAGAAGACACCAUGAAGACCCCCAGCCCCACCGCCGAGGAAUCCGGGGAACCCGAGAGCAAGGGGAACAGCUGACCGGGCUUGGUGGGGAAGGGGAGUGGGGCAGGGAGCUCGGGAAGGGCGGGGCGGGGCCUAGCCGGCAGGGCUUUGCCUUUAAAAUUAAAAAGAUCGCGGGUCUGGGGCGUGGAUGCAGUCUCUCGUCUCUCCCU